AUGCGCCUUCUGAACAAAGACCUGCGCUUGCAAGACGUCACCCUCAUGUACCUCACAGUUUUGGCCACUGUGGUGGUGCUCUUGGUGGCUUCCUACCAGGCUCCUGCGGUCCACUCCAGACCCGCCCUGGCCUACCACAUCCCCUUAGACCCCUCGGGUCAGCUGGAGCUGUCCUGGAACAUCAGCUAUCCCACCCAGGAGGUCUAUCUAGAGCUGAAAGUCAAAGAGCUCCACCAUGGCAUUUUGCUGGGCAUGUCCGAUCGGGGAGAGCCCACAAAUGCAGACCUGGUCCUUAUGUGGGACGACGGUCACAAAUCCUAUUUUGGGGAUGCUUGGAGUGAUAAUGAAGGCAGAGUUAUGCUGGACGCUCAGCAGGACUAUCAGCUGCUGGAGACUCAUCAGUCCACUGAAGGCUUCUUCCUGCUCUUCAAAAGACCAUUCAGCACCUGUGACCCACACGACUACAUCAUAGAGGAAGGCACUGUCCACAUCAUCUACGCCAUGCUGGAGCGUCCCAUCCUAUCUUUGCAUGAACUCAACAUAUCCCGUCUCCAGCCUGGCGUCCAGCGAGUGCUGCUCCUGCGUCCAGACACUCCGUCCCCUGCUCUCCCGAGAGAUGUCCGCACUCUGGAGGUCCUGGCCCCUGAUGUCAUCAUCCCCACACAGGAAACCACUUACUGGUGCCACAUCUAUCAGCUCCCACCUAAUAUGCCUAAGAACCACAUUGUCAUGUACGAGUCUGUGAUCUCUCCUGGUAAUGAAGCCAUUGUUCAUCACAUCGAAGUGUUCGAAUGCUCUCCUCAGAUGGACACCGUGCCUCAAUACAGCGGCUCUUGUGAUUCAAAGAUGAAGCCCCGCAAACUCAAUUACUGCCGACACGUUCUGGCUGCCUGGGCCAUGGGAGCGGAGACUGAUUUCUCCAGUCUACUUCCUUUCAUUCCUGAGUGCACAGCUCCUCUUGACUCAUUCUGUGUGUUUGUCACAGGACGGAGGGACUCCUCGGGCAUUCGUUUAUGGUACACUCCAUCUCUGAGGAGGUUUGAUGCAGGCAUCAUGGAGCUGGGGCUAGUCUACACUCCUGUCAUGGCCAUUCCUCCCCGCCAGCGCUCUUUCCAGCUGACUGGCUACUGCACCGCCAAAUGCACACAGACGGCUCUUCCUGUAGGCGGUAUAUAUAUCUUUGCGUCCCAGCUGCACACUCAUCUGGCUGGACUCGGGGUAAGGACCGUCCUGGUACGAGGAGGCAGAGAGGUUGACGUGGUACAGGAGGACAAACAUUUCAGCACUCACUACCAGAUUAUCCGUGUUUUAAAGAAGAUGGUGACUGUUUUGCCAGGCGAUGCUCUCGUCACAAAGUGCACGUAUAACACUGAAGACAGGAACAAAGUUACCGUGGGUGGCUUUGGGAUUAUGGAAGAGAUGUGUGUCAAUUACGUGCAUUAUUACCCCCGUACACAGCUGGAGCUGUGCAAGAGCCACGUGGACACAGAUUACCUGCAGAAAUACUUCAGUCUCAUCAACAGGUUUCAGGGACGUGAGAGUUGCAGUUGUCCCCAGACUACGGUGGAAGAGCAGUUCUCCUCGCUAUCCUGGGACGGCUUCAGCGGGGAGGUGUUGAACUCCCUCUACCUCACCUCUCCCAUCUCAAUGCACUGCAACCAAUCCACAGCUGAGCUCUUUCCUGGUGAAUGGGAGAAGCAGGAGAUACCAGUGGUGAUGGCGGAGCUCCAGAGAGCCCCUUACCCGUGUGAAUUAAGCCGUCGAGCGUCCUCUCAGAAUGACAACCCUACAGAGGUCAGGUCCGACGGCAGCGUCUGAUGCCCACACAUGUAUCUGACUCCUGCUGAGCUCAAC